CCCCACCUCACAGGCUCAGAGCCCCAAGCCGGGAGGAGGUAGUUACAUUGUGUCUAUUGUAUCCCUGGGCUUGUGUGUUUGUACAUAGGACUUGAAACUGAGAGUGUAAAGCAUGGCAGAUGAGCAAGAAAUCAUGUGCAAAUUGGAAAGCAUUAAAGAGAUCAGGAACAAGACCCUGCAAAUGGAGAAGAUCAAGGCUCGUUUGAAGGCCGAGUUUGAGGCCCUUGAAUCAGAGGAGAGGCACCUGAAGGAAUACAAGCAGGAGAUGGACCUCUUGCUACAGGAGAAGAUGGCCCAUGUGGAGGAACUCCGACUGAUCCAUGCUGACAUCAAUGUGAUGGAAAACACGAUCAAACAGUCUGAGAAUGAUCUAAACAAGCUGCUAGAGUCUACCCGGCGGCUACAUGAUGAGUAUAAGCCGCUGAAGGAACAUGUGGAUGCCCUGCGCAUGACUCUGGGUCUGCAGAGGCUCCCUGACCUAUGUGAAGAGGAGGAGAAGCUCUCCUUGGAUUACUUUGAAAAGCAGAAAGCAGAGUGGCAGACAGAGCCUCAGGAGCCCCCCAUCCCUGAGUCCCUGGCCGCUGCAGCCGCUGCUGCCCAACAACUCCAAGUGGCUAGGAAGCAGGACACUCGGCAGACAGCCACCUUCAGGCAGCAACCCCCACCAAUGAAGGCCUGCUUGUCAUGUCAUCAGCAAAUUCACCGGAAUGCACCUAUAUGCCCUCUGUGCAAAGCCAAGAGUCGGUCCCGAAACCCCAAAAAGCCAAAACGGAAGCAGGAUGAAUGAAGAGAGGGUUCUGCUGCUCAUAACCCCUUCCCUUGGCCAGAGUAAUUGAUGUCCUGAUGUGAAACAACACUUCCCCACCUCUACCAAGUCUCCUAUUUAAUGUGAUGGAAGCAUAACCCUUCUCUCACUUUGCUCUUAUUUCUUUUCAUUCUUAGGGUUUUUGGUUUAGGAAGAGAUGUGGUUCAGGUGCUAAUGACAGUGUGUCUGAUGAUCCCUUCUCUCCCACCCACAUUUCAACCCCUGCCCUUGUUUGGAGCUGAGGGAAGGGCAGAAGGCACAGAUGUGAUUCUCUGUCUCUUGUGCCUGAGGGCUGGAGGAGGUCCAUAUCUUAUUUCAGGUGAAGGCUCCAGGGUGCUCCCUUCCUGUACUUUUGCCUUAGGCUCUAAAGGGACAAUAGUCUACUUGCUGGACUUUCCAACACUCUUGGUGCAUAUAUCCCCUUCACCCCCCUCUCACUCUCAUCUCAUCUUCAAGGCCCAGAGUUAGCUUGGACAAGCCCUCCUUUUGAUAUUCAAUUUGGAGGCCUGGCUGUUAUUAUAGAGUUCACCACCACCCCAAACCCCACCAGUCUCCCAGAUAUACUAAAGUUCUCAGGUACCAGGCUAUGUGUCUGGGGAUCCUGAGAUCUGUGGGCCUUUCUCCCAUAACCUAGUUUUUGCAAAUCAGUAGUAAAAGUUCUCCACAGUGAGACCAGGGAGCCAAACCCACUCCACAAGUCCUGCCUAACUCUGCUGCCUAAGUCAUUGGGCUGAGGGCUCUGCUGUAGGGGCUGCCUCAGGCUGAGAGGGUCCCCAAGCUUACAUUUGUGUUGCCUUUGGUUCAAAACCAUUACUCUGGCACUUACUCAAUGGGAUAUCUUAGGGGCCAGAGGACUGAGUUGAGAUUUAAGUGAGUUCCGAUCACUUUACACAUACAGGUGAGUGGGACUUCCUCUCCCUCCCCUCCCUCUCUUGAGUCUGCACUCUUCUGUAAGGCAGCCUCAGCUCAGGUCAUCUGCUGCAUCCCUUUCCUGUGGAUUGUGCAGGUAGCCUUCCCUCCCAAAAGAAAAGGUACUGUGCUUCCCAAGCCCUGCAGCUCUCCCCUCCACCAAAGCCAGAUCUCUAGUCAAGUCAGUCUCAGACUUAAGGGACUUAAGGGGUAGGGGUUAGCCAACUGAAAAAGUUUUAGCUCCAGGUCUGAGUCCCUGGCUGCGGAGGGGAGGAUAUUUUUCCUUCCUUCCUUAAUUGUAGUUUUAAGUUUCACAAUGUCUAUGUGUUCAUAAUAUAAAAGGUUCCUCUGCUCUUUGAAAGUAAGAAUGCUAUGUCUGUACAAAUCUUUUUAAAUAAACAUUUGUUCAUUGGAGUAAA